GUGGAUCGCGGGGCUUGGCUGUGAGGGGCCUUGUCAUGAUGAGAGGCCCGUCCAACUCGGGAAUCUCGCAGCUGAUGCGCCCCUCACUCUCCCGAGCCCUAUUAUCAACCUCCCCCCAAGGUCAACAAUGGCCACGGCCAGCCUCAUGGGAGACGACUCGCUUGAACCCAACCGGCCGCUUACUAUUAUUACUACAACAUGCCAAUCAACGCUCGGCCUUCUCCACCACCACCACAUCAUCCCUUUUCGAGGAGAAAGCGGCCCAGGAGCCGCAGCAGCCGAACCAGCCGAAAUGGCGGCCGCCUAGCGAUCAAGCACUCGAGCAGCGCCCCGUGCUGGUCGUCGGGGCGGGUAACAUUGGCCGGCGCGUGGCGCUGGUAUGGGCGUCGAACCGGCGGCCGGUCACCAUCUACGACAUCUCGCCGGAGGCGCUGCGGUCGGCGACCGAGUACGUGACGGACAACCUGGCGGCGUACUGCGCGGCGCGCGAGACGCACCCGGGCCCCGUGCGGACGACGACGGACCUGCGGACGGCGACGGCGACGUCGGGCUCGCCGGCGCGCGACUCGGCCGGGGCGGUCGCGGCCGAGGAGCUCGCCAGGGCGCCGUGGCUGGCGAUCGAGUGCCUGCCCGAGUCGCGGCCGCUCAAGACGUCGGUGCUGGCGCUGCUGGAGCGGUCGCUCCCCGCCGACUGCGUGCUGGCGUCCAACAGCAGCAGCCUGACGACGGCCGAGAUGGCGGCCGAGGGCCCGCUGAACCACCCGCACCGGCUGCUCAACACGCACUACCUGAUCCCGCCGCGCAACCGCAUGGUGGAGAUCAUGUCGUCCGGGGCGACCGACCCGGCCAUCGCGCCCUUCCUGGCGGCCCACAUGCGCCGCGUCGGGCUGGCCCCCGUCGUGGUGCCCGACGGCCUCCAGUCGCCCGGCCUCGUCUUCAACCGCGUCUGGGCGGCCUGCAAGCGCGAGACGCUGGCGGUGCUGGCCGAGGGCGUGGCGCGGCCGGCCGACGUCGACGCCCUGUUCCGCGACUUCUUCCACGCCGAGAAGGGCCCCUGCGAGCGCAUGGACGAGGUCGGCCUCGACACGGUCGCCCGGGUCGAGCAGCACAACCUCGAGCGCGCGCCGGGGCUCGGCAGCGAGGGCGUGCUGCGCUGGCUGCGCGACAACUACGUCGACAAGGGCAGGCUCGGCGAGAAGACCGGCGACGGCCUGUUCACCGAGGCCGAGAGGGCUCGGCUGAGGGAGGAGCACGAGCGAGGGAGGCAUGAGAAGGUCGAGGAAACAGCCGGCGCAUAAUUAAUAGAUUGCAUGUUUUUGUUCUUCUUGCUUUAAUUAUUAAUAUUCCUCUUUCC